UGUUGGUGUUAAGCAGAGCUAGUUCCAAACACUCCCUGCUUUGUGCUUUUUAAACGUGUGACCUGUAACUCACCUCUUUAAACAUUACCGUGUUUUAGGAGAACACCUAGCCUGAAGCUAUAGAAGGAUUUUAACCCACCCGGUUCCAUGGCAACAGCUCUAUUGCAUUUUUUUUUUUUAUUAAUUUACUGACCAGCAGCGUUUAGUUUGAGGCCGGCGCCUGAGCAGCUCCUGCUGUGUGUGGGGAGCCGUGCCGCUGAUUGUCUGAACGUCUCCACCACCUGGAAGCUUCUCUUUGUCCUGUUUGUAAAGGACGAGGCUGAGAGUCACAGAUGAAACGUCUGGCCUGAACUGAAAGACCUCGUCAACAUGAAGACGGACGUCACCUACAACCAGAUGGUGGAUGCUGACAGCAGGAGGCAGGGAUGCUCCCGGAGAGCCCGGCUGGACUCCAGGUGUUGGAUCGCUCUGGCCUCCCUGGCCUGUGUGCUCGUUGCUGCCGUGCUCCUCUACAGAUUCCUGACCCCACCGGCCUCCUCCGACCAUCCGGCCUCCGUCGCCAGCCGCAUCGGGGAGAAGCUGGAGUCCUGCUCAGACCCCUGCAGGAUCGUUCUGGUGGAGAGCAUCCCCGAGGGGCUGGAGUUUAACUCCACCAGCAACCCCUCCAUCUUCCAGGCGUGGAGCCGUCUGAUGAGCGAGGCGCGCAGCAGCGUGGACAUCGCCUCCUUUUACUGGACGCUGACCAACGAGGACACGGGCACCCAUGAACCCACAGCCUCUCAGGGAGAGGAAGUUUUGAAGAAACUGGCCGAACUCUCAGGGAAGCUUGAUGUUCGGAUUGCAGUCAACUUGAAGGACGAUAAACCACAAGCUGACCUCACACUGCUCAGAGAUUCAGGAGCCUCCAUCCGGACCGUUGACAUGAGGGCGCUCACCUCGGGGGUUCUUCACACCAAGUUCUGGGUCGUAGACAAGAAGCACAUUUACAUCGGCAGCGCCAACAUGGACUGGAGGUCCCUCACGCAGGUGAAGGAGCUGGGCGCUGUCGUCUACAACUGCAGCUGUUUGGCCGCAGAUCUGGAGAAGAUCUUUGAAGCGUAUUGGUUGGUAGGAGAGAGCGAGUCCAUCCCGUCCCCGUGGCCGUCCAGCUUCUCCACCCUGUACAACAAGGACACGCCUCUUCAGCUCCCGCUCAACAGCACGCCCUCCAGCGUCUAUCUCUCGAGUUCUCCGCCGUCCUUCUGCGCCGCCGGCAGGACUCCAGACCUCCAGUCCAUUCUCAGCGUGAUGGACGACGCAGAGAAGUUCAUCUACAUCGCUGUCAUGAACUACCUGCCCACGACGGAGUUCACGCAUCCUAAAAGGUACUGGGCGGACAUCGACACGCAGCUGCGGCGAUUGGCGUUCGAGAAAAAGGUCAGAGUGCGUCUGCUGAUCAGCUGCUGGCCCAACUCUCCGCUCGUCAUGUUUCCCUUCCUGAAGUCUCUGGCUUCGGUUCACGACUCCAAAAACAAGCUGGACAUCCAGGUGAGGCUGUUUGUGGUUCCCUCCGACCCGAGGCAGAAACAGAUUCCCUACGCCAGAGUGAACCACAACAAGUACAUGGUGACUGACAAAGUGGCAUACAUAGGGACGUCUAACUGGUCGGGCGACUAUUUUCUGAACACGGCCGGUUCGGCGCUGGUCGUGAACCAGACGGGUUCCCAGUCAGCGGACCCGACCGUCCAGUCCCAGCUGAAGGCCGUCUUUGAUCGGGACUGGCACUCGGCCUACAGCACUCCUGUCACCCACAGUUCAAACCUCAAACACCUCUGUUAGUUUCUCCAGCCAGCGUUACACUUUCACAUCAGCGCUCAUUUGCACAUGUGUGGCGCUCGGAUUCAUCCCGCGUUCUGCACCUGGGUGGGGAGCUACGGUUCUAACGGGGAACCCGGUGAGGUGAAAGCAUCUUCACUCCAUGACGUUUGUUGUUAUCCACAUGUUGUCACGUCACGCCUACAAACUUCAAUGUGUUUCAGCCGUGGUUUAUGUGACAGACCAACACAAAGCACAGCAGAAAUGUGAAAGGAAACAAAACUAGACAUAGUUUCUAUAGACUGACACCAUUACCUAUCCUUCCUUUUAAAAGCAGCACAAACUCCCUCAGAUUAGCUGAUAAUCUGAAUAUCAGUCGUGCCCACAGAUUCUCAGGUCUGCUCCUACAUUUUUAUCAGCUCUGACGGGAUUCCCAGUCUUUCCUUCUGGACAGCCUCCCCACAGCAUGAUGCUGCCACCACCCUGUUUCUCAGUGAGACUGGUGUGUUCAGGGUGACACGCAGAGUUCGUUUUUCUGGGUUUUCCCCACAUAGGCCAGAAGGACAGUCAUGCUUUGUUGCCUUAAACGGAACCAGAACUUUCUCCCUGACCUGUGUGCCGGGUCCCCUGGUCUUCGUGAAGCUGCUUGUUCUCUAAUGAACCUCUGAGGCCUUCACAGAACAGCCGCAGUAACGCUCUGGACUCUGUUCACAGGUUGUGUGACUACUCAGGUGGUUGGAGCGGUAAACUGUGUUUCGUGUGCUGCUCUGUUACAUACGAUCCAUGGAAAACACAUUGAAGUUUAUCAAGUGACAAAAUAUGAGAAGUUGGAGUAUAAAUACUUUGGUGGGGUGAAGUUACAAACGUAAAGCGGGUUUCCUUGUUCACUACGCAGCUUUACUGCCAAACGCCUCGUUUCCCCUGUGGAAUAAUGUGCUUUCAAUCCACAGCAAAGCCUUCUGUACAAAACAAUUUGUAGCAUUUUUCUCUUUUAGUAAAUAGACACUGAUAUUUUGAACCCAGUCGGGAUGUGCAGCAGCAGCCUGGUAAGUUAGCAAAGCACAGACAUGCUGUUAGCCGGAUUCGGUACGGUAGUUCUUGGGACUGUAGUGGCUGUUGUUCUGCAGCUUUGCUAACUUCAGCCUCUGUGGGAGUUUUACAUCCCAGUUCAACUCAGGGAUUAAAUUCAGAGACUUUUCCUUUAUCGUUAGCUCUAACGAGGUGAAAAUGAGCACUAUUAUCGCAUUAUUGCCUGAGCUGCUGCUCUGUUCUUGUACUGUGUACUGGGCGUUUUAAGCCCACCUUCAAUAAUCUUGCAGGGGAUGUAGUAGUUAAAUAACAUUAAUCUGGUCUCCACUGAUCAGAACAAGGGUCUCAAAGUCCAGUCCUGGAAGUCAGGUGUCCCGUAGCUAAUAGAUGGGUUUAAGUUACCCGAGUCAAAUAUCACGUCACCAGGACUCUUUAGAACCCGCUGAGGUAAAUCAGAUGUUCAGCUCAUGGGUGUUGGACCUGAGACGUCCAGGACUGGAGGCUGACACCCUUGUUGUCGAGUGAUUAAAAAGCAGCAAAUCAACAUGUUUUCAGGGAGUCCUGGAAUAAGCAUAAUUACCUGCAGCAGUGUUAUUGUGUGCAGCCUUCAUCAUUCAUUGUCAAUAAAUCAUUUUCAAUAAAAGCUUCAAAGUAA